UGAAGAGGGGCAUGAGGCACCACAGCUGACCUUGAACUCUAGCUGCCCUCCGUCCACACCUCUCCCAGACCAACCCUGCCUCCACCUCCUUCCCUCAGUUCCCAGCCAUGGGACCUGGGAAGGGAACAUGUGUUGCUAACUUUGUGGGGCAGCUGAGGUUUCAGGAGAGGGGAAAGUGUGAAGCCAUCUGACUGACAUCCAGAGGGAGGGGGGGCCGGAAUUCCCGCUGCUCCGGGAAACGUGUGGUGGGCAAGGGCCCACCACUGCCUUCCGAAACCCACGCCUCCCAAACUGGCCCAGUAGCAAAAGGGAUGAUUUCUCAACAGGUGCAGGGCAGGAGGGACAUUCAUGCGUGCCUUCUCCAGUCACCCGUAAUUCUCUUGCAUCACCUGAUUUUGUUGGGAUUGACUAACGGGCACCAUGCCUGCGCCCAGCCCUGAGACAUAAGACGGCCAGCUGUCUGCCUGAUGCCCAGAGCUGCUCAGCAGGCAUGGGGCGGGCUGGGCGCCAGUUUCGGGCCCUGGUCUGGAAGAACUGGCUCUGCAGACUCCGGCACCCGGUUCUUUCCCUUGCUGAAUUCUUCUGGCCAUGUAUCCUGUUCAUGAUCCUGACAGUGCUUCGUUUUCAGGAACCUCCCAGACAUAGAGACAAUUGUUAUUUGCAAGCUCGGGAUCUGCCCAGUCGGGGUGUGUUCCCCUUUGUCCAAGGCCUUCUUUGCAACACCGGGUCGAGGUGCAGCAACAGGAGCUAUGCAGGGUCGAUGGAGCACCAUUUUCGUUCAUCUAGGUUCCAAGCUGCAGCUGGUCACCGUGGGCAGGUGGAUGACCUGGUCUUCCUGAAAGAGAUACAGGACCUUGCUGAGGAAAUUUAUGAAAUGAUGGACAAGGCAAAAAACUUACAGCAUCUUUGGGUGAAAAGAUCCAAGACUCCAGAUUCUUCUUAUGGUUCCAGUUUUCCAGCUGUGGAUCUCAAUAAGACCGAGGAGCUGAUAUCGAAGUUGGAAAACCUGCACCGGCAGCCCCACAUCUGGGAUUUUCUGCUUUUCCUGUCGGGACUGCAUGCGAACAGUGUUGGCGCUGAGGAUGGUAUCCGUGGGGCAGUGCAUCUCCUCCAGGCAGUUUUGAACUCUGUCACAUCCCUGGAAGACUUAGACUGGCUGCCAUUCAACCACACUUUUUCCAUGUUUUCUGAAAUGAUGCUAAAUGUGACCAUUUCGAUGCUGAGAUUUCUGCAGGAAAAUGGAGCAGCAGCUACUGAGUCAGGCUACCACCUGUCCCUGCAGAUGCUGGUGCGGCAUCCACAGAAGGUCAAGGAUGACCUGAGAUCCCAGUUUGGUUUUGAUGCCCUUCAUGCAGAACGAAUCCUGAGUUAUCCAGCUGAAUUACAGGAGAUUCCCACAGACAGUUUGCUGGAUCGGAUGGUGUGUACAGUCUUGUCUGGCACCUCUGAGGAUGAAGCUGACAGAGACAAUCACCAUGGAGACUGUCACCCCAGAUGGUCAGCAGCCAGACACUAUCUGGUCCAUGCAGUCAGCUGGCUCCAAGUCUACAGACAGGUGUUCGCUCAGUGGCAGAAGGGCGGCCUGUUCCAGAAGGUGCUUGCAGGGGCUGCCCACAGUCUGGAGGCGCUCAGGAGUCAGCCUGAGGAGGCCAGUGAGCCGCGGAGGGCUGCAGAAGCUCUGCUCUCUGCGGUUCUUCUCUUGAAUGAGAGUGUGACGGCGGAUGGCCCCAAGGGCAGCCAUGCAUCUCCACAGUUAUUCCUCUAUCUACAGAAAUUGCAGAAUGUUCUCCAGAACCUGCCCCAGCAGCCGACUCUGAAGACACUGCUUCGGCUCCAUGGAGCUCUCACAAAGGCCAUAGGACAGAAUUUACAUUUUGCCCAAGAAGUCCUCGCUGGCCUGGAGACAGCAGCUAAGGACCCUGAAGCAGGCGGACCUGACCAGUUGAAACUGGAAAAGGGCGUGUUCUUUCAGGAGUUAAAGCAGCUGCUGAUGAAGAAUGCUACUGUCGGCUGCCUGCAUGGACACGGGUCUGAGGAAGCGGCUGUCCCGGGCCCGGGGAAUGCCAGCAUCUGGGCGGGCCUCCGGGAGCUGAUGUGUCACCGCACCUCUUCCAAUGAGACCAGGGCUUUGACCAAGCUCCUUGGGUCAGCAGAGGACACUGGUCAUCUUUUGCAAGAGUUCAUCACGGGGCACACGAAUAUGUCCAAAUCUGUACCUGAAGGAUAUCCAGGCUGGCAGGAAGUGGAGAGCCAGCUGUCAGAAGCAAGCCUUUCCUGCGUGAGGCUCUUCCAGCUGCUGGCAGCUGACCUCUCCCCAGGGGAUAGCGAUGUUUCUGGUGCCUGUAAGGACCAGCUUAUCUCCACAGCGAUACUUCACACCCUUGAAGAAGCCCAGUUGUCCCUGGGACAGACAUCCUACUGGAAAGCCUUUACAGGAUUCAUCAGGAGGACUUGUGAAGUGGCUCGAUUUGUGAAUAUGCAAGAAAGUUUUCAGAACAGUCUCUUUGCUUUCUCAGAGGAAUCUCCGUGUUAUGAAGAACACAUGGGUUGGAAAGUCAUCAUUGAUAAUUAUUUUGAGUUUUUUGAGAACUUCCUCAAGUCUCCCAAAGCAUCCAUAUCCAGGGUUUUAAAUUCCACAAAAGAACUUCUAAUGGAAGAAAAGAAGUUUCAUGUCCUUGAGGAUGAGCAAGUGACCUUUCUUUUAUCAUUUGUGGGAUUUUUGGAGCAGUUACUAUUGCCUAAUCCUUUAGACACAACUGGUCCUUCCAAAUUCUAUAACCUUGCAUCGCUCACUGACAUUAUUCUGAAUAAAAGUAGUUUGUGGAUAAAUCACUUAAAUGGUUUAGAAAGAGACCCAUCUUCUAUUGAUACUCAGAAACUUUGGGAAUUUGGCAAAGAGAUGAUUGAAAACAUAUCAACUCUGGAAGGUUUCUGGAUAAGGAAGGAAUCAAGAGAUAUUUUGAGAUUUAUGGGAUUAAUACUUUCUGAAAUUAAUCCCAAGCUACAGGAAUUGUGGAUGUAUGGCAAUUCAGAAGAAGAAAGAUCUAAACUGGAAACCUUGUCUACACUUCUAAAUUUGUCUCUUCUAGAAGACAAGAGGGUUCUUAGUAAAAGCUUUAACUUUUCCCAGUUGUUCCAUUCAGACUGGCCCAAACCAUCAACUGUGAAAAUGGAUUUUGUGCAUUUAAGUGAAACUGUAAUAAACAGUCUCUGUGAAUUUGGAUUUCUGAGGCAGGAUCAAGCCUCAGGAGCUCUGGACACAGUCUAUGCUUUACGGAAUGCAUCUGAUCUUUUCUCAGCUCUUUCCGAAACUCAGAAACAAGAAGUGGAUAAAAUUUUGACUCAUCUGUAUCUAAAUGUCUUCAAGAAUAAAGAUUCAGCUUUACUUUUGCACAUCUAUUCUGCCUAUCUUCAAUAUAUUUAUAAAUUCUUGAGCAUUCAGAGUAGAGAGUCUUUGCUAUCUUUCCUUACACAAACCUCAAAGCACAUUUUGGAUAUCACAAAGCAAUUUAAUUUCCAAAACAUUAGUAAAUCAUUUGCAUUUUUAUAUGAGACAGCAGGGCUUCUUCAGGGACUGGCUGAGGUAUCCUAUUGUCAGCAAUUGAUUUCAAUUUUUAACUUUUUGGAGCGUCAAGCUCAAUCCCUGACAUCUACAGAGGGCUCAGCCCUGGAAGUGAUCCAUACUACUUUGAUGGGUCUCAAGCAGCUGCUUGUAGUAGAUGAAGAUUUUCGUAUUUCUUUAUUUCAAUAUAUGAGCCAACUCUUCAAUGGAUCAGUAGAAAGCGUGUCGGGCAGUGAAUGCUUUCCUUUGGCUAAUAAAAGCAUUCGUUCUGUGAAUCAUUCAACAAAUGGGAGGUCUUCAUCUAUUCUUCUGUGGGCACAGUUUCUUUCAAAUCUCUCUGCAGAUGGAAAGGUGUUCAGUGAGUUCACAGCUGUUCACUGUACCAUUUCAUGGCUUCAAAUGUGGGCUGAAAUCUGCGGAAGCAUAUCCCAAAUACUCGAAGUUGACAUGAAUGUUUUUCCUCCUCUUCGUGUUGGUCUCCGUCAGCUUUUGGAUGAAUUGGAAAGUGAUGUGAAAAUUCCUAAAAGCUGCCAGGGAAUAUUUCCCACCCUUCAUCCUGCAAUAUUCAUAUUAAAUUUGUUUAAAAACAUGACUCAAGCUGAUGGCAUCCACGAUUGGGAAGAUUUUCUGAAUCUCAGGGAUCUCUGGGAUGCAUUCAUGAGAGUAAAGUUGCUUAACCCAGACCAAGUAGAGAAAUCCCUCUUCACCAUGGAAACUGCCCUGCAACAGCUAACAGCAUUUCCAGCAAACACAAAUGCAAGCAGAGAGUUUUUAUAUUCUCUGCUUGAUGUUUUCAUCAAGUUAAGCAAUGCCUCAGAAUAUACAGAUAGAAUUGUACAUUGGAUCAAUCACUUUCUUUCAAAAAACCUCACAAAUGAGGGAGGAAAGUUCGAGAGUGUCAUCAGUGAGCUAAGAGAAACAAUACUAUUUCUUAGAAAUGUGUCACAUGACCAAGAUUUAGUGUCUUGUGCUGGUAUUUUCCAAAAUGUCACUGAGUUUAUUUUGGAAGAUGGCUUAUUAUGUGUAAAUACUUCACAGAGGACAUUACAUAUUCUGGCCAUGUUAAAUUAUACAUUUUCCUCUGAGGACGCAAUCAGCAGACUAAAAGGAUGCAUCGCGUUGGUAGAUGUCAUAAACCAUCUGUACGCAGUGUCCAACUCCACUUUCUCUCAAGGCCCUCUUCAGGGCAUUUUGAGGAGUCUCAGAGAUGUGGAAGACAGAAUCAACUCUACACUGAAGCUUGUUACCUGGAUUUUAAAUGUAAAGGAAACUCCUUGUUCGUUGAAUGAGUCAAAUAUAAAUUGUGUGAACAUUAACUUGAAACACAUUACUGACUUUCUAAAUGUAAUACUUACUGCCGGUUUUGAAAGGGAAAAGGUACCAACAUUUGGGGUUUUCUUGACUCUUUUAAAUGAUUCCACAAACCAAGUAAGGAUGAUUAUCAACAACUUAACAAGAGACUUUGAUUUGGAGUCUCAGUCCAACUGGAAACAUUUUGCCGAAUCAGUUCUAACCUCCAUGGAAAUGUCAGGUGAAAUUCCUAGCCAGUUUCAAAAUAUUUGGCUGCAUUUAGUAGCCCUGGGGAAGGAAAUUCAAAAACUUAUGAAAGAUAUGUCCUCUAACAUCUUGGAAGGUAACUCCUCUUCUAAAACUGAAAAGUUUUUAAAUGUAUUUGCUGCCAGUGCAAAUGAAAAGGAUAUAAAGAGUUUAGGCAAUUCAUUUUAUCAUUUGUCUCGUUACCUUGUCCUCAAUUUAUCUCAUGAACUCCAAAAUUCACCAAAAAUAAUUCCACAUGAAAUAAUGCAAGCUGCAGGUCUUGGUAUCCAAGUGCUUAGGGAUGUGUUCAACUCCCUGAUGCCCUCGGUUCACCAUUAUAUGCCACGAGAUCCAGGUAAGAGCCACAUUUUAAAGAAGGUGACUUCUUUCUUGCAUAUUCUCAAGAACCCAGAUAUAGGUCUGCUAGAAUAUCAACUUGAGCACAUUAGUGAAAGCCUAAAGGAUUUCAUUAAGAAUAUCAGUAGAUUAGGUCCUGGUGAUCUGGGAGUCAACUUGCUUGUUGACUUGAUGGAAACAUUUGUAGACAGCUCACAUUCCUGGAAUGUCAAUCAUCUGCUGAAACUCUCACGCCUGUUUCCUAAAGAUGAUGUCAAUGCUGUUGUAGAUAUGUACUACACACUUCCUCACGCCAUGAGGCUCCUACGGCAAGUAGUUGGCAAAAAUAUCACAGAAAUCCUCAAGGACAUCUAUAACCUCACACUCCUCCAUGGCAUAAGCAUUUCAAACGUCACCAAGGAAGACUUUGCUAUUGUGAUAAAAACUCUUUUGGAGACAAUUGAAUUAAUAUCUGAUAAACCAGGAAUUCUUUCAGAGGCUUUAACUUGUCUUCCUAUAGUUUGGUGCUGGAAUCACACAACUUCUGGAUUUGAGCAGAAUCCAAAGUUUGAAGCCUGUAAGGCCCAUGAGCUCAUGUCUUCUGCUUUUUAUAGCAAAGUGGCCAGUAUACUUGACCACCUCCACAUGUCUCCCCCAGGCGAUGUUGCACAAUGUUCAAAUGAAAGCUCACGGAUGGAAAUAACGAGGAGAAUGGUCUGUGCCAUUCAUGAGUUAGUGGACUGUAGUUCCAUUCUUCUAGAGUUGUCUGAAGUCCUCCACAUGAACACUUCGCUUGUAGAAACUGUGCAAGAAUUCUGGCAUAAGGUGCUACCAUUUGGCUCGUCUUUUGAAAGUCAAAGCAAUGGCAGCAUCUCUGAACUUUGUCCUGGUGGCCCCAUAAAACAACUUGCUUUGCAAAUCAUAGAAAAAUUUAAAAACAUCAACUUUACAAAAGUUACAUCAGAUGAAAGCAUUCUUGAGAAGCUGGCCAGUUUAAACAAGAUCCUUAACAUUAAUGAAGACACAGAGGCAUCUGUUCAGCAUGUUUCCUCAAGUUUGGAAAGAAUAAUGAAAUUGCUUUUUGGGGAUCAGAGUCUAGAAAAUAGUACUCAUUCACUAAUCUCUCCAUUUGGGAUGUUUCUGAAUGCAAAUCUGACAGGUAGUAGUGUAGAAGCAUUAUUAAGUUUUAUUAAAAAACGUGAAGCAACUUAUAAUUUUGAAGAACUAUGGCUUGAGUUUGAGCAAAUCAUGAACGAUCUAAUCUACGACAUUAGUAUCAGACCCCUGUUUUCUGAAAUUAACAAAGACAUUCAAAUGAUUUAUUCCGUGGCUCUUCAAAACAUAACUUUGCAAUUUGGCCACUUUUUGGAAAGCCUGGAUUCAUCAUCAAUGAAGACAUUAGAAAUUAUUGAGGAUUUUCUAUUGGUUGUAAAAAACUGGCUUAAUAAACAUGCAAAUGAAGAUUACUCCAGAAUAAUACAAAGAUUUCUUCCUAUGGUCCAUGAGAGUUCAUCUGAUGAUAUGUUGACUAAAGAUAUUACUAACUUUUUGGAUUAUCUCAAAAAUGUUUCUCGAGAAGAUAAUUUCGAUGUUUCCCUACUUAAUCAUCUGCCAAACCAAGAACAGCUAACUAAUUUCUCAGUUAUUUGGUUACUUUUGGAAAGCCUCCUAAUUAAUUCAGUCAAUAACUUAGCUCGGAGUUCUCAAGAGGCAGCCUUGAAUUUAAGUGAUACUGACCUUUGGAUAAUGAAUUUCGUGAACCUCACCUUGAACCACACUGAGUCUGAGGAUGGUGAUGGAAUAAAUUUCCCUCCGAGAAACAUAAUGGACUUCAUGCAGUGGCUUUUGAAAAAAUUCUUCUCUUUUUCACUAAAGGGAAAUUCUGAGAACAAAAUCUCUCUUCUGCUAAAAGACUCCCACAAAGACAUCAUUGCAGGGAUGAGUUUUGUCCCAAAGGAUGAAAUCCCAGAAAUCCUGAAACUGAAUCAACUUCUUAAUUCCACAAAAGAAGACAGCUUGAUGGGCAUUUUUUCAAGUUUAAAGGAGAGUCUGUAUCAUUUAAUCAAAAGCUCAUUUGUAUUAGAGGAUGGGAAAUUUUAUUUUGAAAAUCACCAAGGACUGAAGUUCAUGGGUGAUUUAUUUAAUGCUCUUCUAUGGGAAAUGCCAAUGGAAAAUAGGAAUGAAAAUAAUUUGGAAUUUCUCAAGGUGGUGAGCCAGUUGCUUUUCCAUAUGAAUAGUUCUGAGAAUAUCUUCAAACUCAAUCAAGAUCUUAGGUCAGCCCUUCACCUUGUGCAAGAAACUUCAACAGAGAUAGCAAGUCUUAUGGAUGCUCUUUUAAACUCUCCAAAUAAGGACUUCUGGAACUUGUAUCCUACACUCCAAGAAGUUAUACUUGCUCAUCUAACCCAUUUGCUUUCCUUCGUAACUAAUUCAUUCCCUUUAAGAAACAGAGCAACAUUAGAAAUUACCAAGGGAUUUCUUGGUGUCAUCUCAAGAGCUGAGAAAGGUGGAGAAAGUCAUGUCCUGGAACCGCUCUUGGAAAUGUCUAAUACUCUGAUGAUGCUGGUGAGGGGCACUGCUGAAAUGGGAGACCUGGCCACCUCAGUAAAUUCCACUGUGGCACUUCUUAAAUUAGCCAAGAAAGUUUCCAGGAAGAUGGCCCAUAGUUUUGAAACUCAAUUCAUCUCUAAGACCAAUGAUACUACUGUGAAAUUCUUUGACAGUCUCUAUUCUGUUUUGCAGCAAAGUGUUCAACAGGUUGUGCAUGAAAUAAUUACUUUGAAAAAAAUACCUCAUCUAAUAUUUGAAAAUAUAAAUGACUUGCUGAGGCCAUUUCUUGACUUGGCUUUUGGAAUGAUUGGGGUCAAGCCUAAUAUUUCACAAGACUCUGAUAUUUCCAAUAUGUCGUCUAGCAUAUUUGCAUAUGUGAACCAGUCCAAGGACUUUUCUGAUACUUUGGAAGAAAUUGCUGUAUUUUUAAUUUCUGUGAAAAUCAAUUUGGGAGACAUGGAGCAUCUUGUGGUAGCACUUAAUAAUGGGACUCAGAUAUUUUCUAAGGAUUUUGUCAAUUUAGGAGAAGAAAUCUUCAAUUGUUUCUUUCCUAUAAAUAACAUCGUCAACCAGAUAGACUUCUUACAUCCUAAACCUGUGUCCACUCACAGUUUCCCUCAAGAUACAAAAUGGGAAAGAACUCAUCAAGUGAUCUUAUUUUUGGAUGAAAUACUAUCCCAAAACAGCACAGAAAUAGGGACUUACUUGAGGAUAGUGCUUGAUCUCACUUUAGAAGCUCUUUGGAAUAGACUGGAGAAGGGUGACUGGAAUUCUUUUAAUCCUUUGCUGACAUUUUCUCAACAUCCAAAAUAUCUCUUGAAAGCCAUAAAAACAAUUGUAGAGGGCUCCAGGGGAAUGAAAAGUGACCAUGCUAGUGGUUUGAGUGAAGCUUUGUUUCUCAACACCUCUUGGAUUCAAAAUGAGACUCGUCAGCAAAUGGAUGCAGCAAUCCAGAUUAUCUUAAGGAGAAUAGCUCUCCUGAGGAAAGAACUUCUCCUAAGCAACUCUCUGUGGAUUAAUUCCACAAGAACUCUGUUUCAGUCCAUUUUUGAGAUUUUUAUUAAUACUGGAAAGAAUAUCACAUCAGGAAAAGAGGAGAGGACCAAGAAAGAGGUGAUCGAUUUUCCUUCCAUCCUCAAACCAGUAUCAUAUUUUGAGAAAUAUCUGAGGGGAUUACUUGCAUUGACAGAAUACUGGCAGAAGGUCCCGCUGACAGAUCAAAGUGUUGUUGAAAUGUGUCAGGUUUUCCGGCAGCCUUCGGAGCUCCCAGAAGCCAUCGCGGUUCUGCAGAAAGUGAAGAUCCUGGUUCUGCGUGUGCUCAUCACCUUUGCAGAGAGCCCUUCCCUGACCAAGGACAUUCUGUGUGCGACUCUGAGUUGCAAGCAAGGAGGGAUAAGGCGCCUCAUUCUAUCUGCUCUGCAAGGCGUCACGUUGGUGCAUGACCACUACCAGGAAAUGGGAAAGAUAUGGUCCUCACCCCUUCACCUAAACUGUGAAAGUCUCAGCAGGAAUCUUUCUGACACAUUGGAAAGCUUCAGGAGAAGCUUGGACAGUGCCACGGAGCAGGACUGUGAAUGCCAGCCCACACUGGACACGGCUCAGCAGCGCAUACACAUGUUGGCCCAAAGCCUUGAGAAGACUUUGUUGUCUGGGAAUCCCAUUAUGACUUUCCUGAGCAAUUUCACAGUAACUGAGGAUGUAAAAGUAAAAGAUUUGGUGCAGAACACCACCAAAUUAACUGAAGAGCUCCGAUCUUCCAUCCACAUUUCAGAUGACACCAUCAGCAGUAUUCUAGAAGCAAAUAUUUCCCAUUCAAAGGUUCUCUCAAGCGCCUUUACCGUAGCUCUGUCUGGAAGAUGUGAUCGCCGCAGUCUCCGCCUCCUGCUGCUCUUCCCCGAGGACGAUAGGUCUGGAUUUGCAAUGAAGGAACUGUGCGGCCUGCCUGCAUCCAAGGUGUAUUCUCUGCUUGUGUCGAUAAGUAAGAACCUGAACCUGCGGAGUGUGAUUUACAAAAUGCUGAUCCCGUCGGAAGCCAGUGCUGUGCUCAGGUCCCUGCUGGACGUCGUCUCCAGGCUCAGCCACCUGCUUGCCAAAGCUGACCACGUCCUCAAACACCUUCCUGAAUUUCUGCAUGGAUUUCAAAUCACUGCCUUGAGAGACAUGCCCGACUUCCCACAGGCCAGAAGUUCAUCCUUUGGUUCUUUCCAGUCUAUGAUGAAGGUGAUUUGCAAGGAGCAAGAGUCUUUCUUCAGCAAUUCUAACAUGUUUGUUAACUUGCCCAGAGUUAAUGAACUCUUGGAAGAGGACAAAGAAAAAUUCAACAUUCCUGAAGAUUCAACACCAUUUUGCCUGAACCUUUAUCAGGAAAUCCUGCAGUCUCCGAAUGGAGCUUUGGUGUGGUCCUUCCUAAAACCUGUAUUACAUGGGAAAAUACUAUACACACCCAACACUCCAGAGAUUAAUAACGUCAUUAAAAAGGCAAAUUAUACUUUCCUUUUUGUGGACAAGCUGAAGACUUUAUCAGAAACAUUGCUGACAAUGUCCAGCAUUUUUCAGAACAGUGGAAAUGGCCAGAUGCUCAGCCAACUGCAGGAAGCCCUGAGAAACAAAUUUGUAAAAAACUUUAUCGAAAGCCAGUUGCCUAUUGAUGUGGACCAGUUGACUGUAAAGCUCCAGAGAUACGGAGCGAUGCUGGAUGAGGUGCUGACCAGUGUGGGCACCACACGCAUUCAUUUCCUGGGCCGUGUCUUGGUCAAUCUGUCAUCCUGUGUGAUGCUGAACCGCUUCCAGGCCCUGGAGUCUGUCUCUACCCUAGAGUUGAAGGCGCACGAGCUCAUGCAGCAGAAUGGCUUGUUGGCCAGUAUCAUAUUCAACAAUUCCUUUGUUGGCAAGAACUUCAGGUCAGAGUCUGGCCAGCUGCCACCCCAUGUCACCUACACAAUCCGGACCAGUGUCUUAUACAGCAUGAGAACGGAUUUGGUGAAAAACCCACUUUGGAAGUUCCAUCCACAGAGCCUACCAGCCAGUGGGUUCAAAUACAACUACAUCUUUGUCCCUCUGCAAGACAUGGUUGAAAGGGCCAUCAUCCUGGCACAGACAGGGCAGAGCGCUGUGGGGCCAGCAGUGCAGGCGCAGGCCAUCCCAUACCCCUGCCACACCAGCGACCUAUUCUUGAACAACGUUGGUUUCUUUUUCCCCCUGAUAAUGAUGCUGACAUGGAUGGUGUCUGUUGCCAGCAUGGUCCGAAAGCUGGUUUAUGAGCGGGAGAUCCAGAUAGAAGAGUACAUGCGGAUGAUGGGGGUACACCCCAUGACCCACUUCCUGGCGUGGUUCCUGGAGAACAUGGCCAUGCUGACCCUGAGCAGCGCUGCUCUGGCCGUCAUUCUGAAGACUAGCGGCAUCUUCGCACACAGCAAUGCCUGUAUCAUUUUCCUCUUCCUCCUGGAUUUUGGGGUGUCAGCUGUCAUGCUGAGUUACUUCCUGAGUGCAUUUUUCAGCCAAGCAAACACAGCUGCCCUUUGUACCAGCCUGGUGUACAUGAUCAGCUUUUUGCCCUACAUAGUUCUGUUGGUUCUACGCAACCAAUUAAGUGUUGUCAUUCAGACAUUUCUGUGCCUCCUCUCCACCACCGCCUUUGGACAAGGAGUAUUUUUCAUUACGUUCCUGGAAGGACAAGAAGCAGGGAUUCAGUGGAAUAAUAUGUACCAGUCUCCAGAGCAAGUGGGCAUGGCAUUCGGUUGGGUUUGCUGGAUAAUUCUCUUGGAUUCAGGCAUCUAUUUUUUAUGUGGGUGGUACUUGAGCAACUUGAUUCCUGGAACUUUUGGUUUAAGGAAACCAUGGUAUUUUCCCUUUACCACAUCGUAUUGGAAGACUUUGUGUGGUUUUGUGGUGAGAAGACAACGUGUCCUGGGUUCUGGCAUCUUCUCCACUGAGAACUUUGACGGGUCACUGCAGCAGAACGGGAAAGGAAAGCAUGAAGGAGGUACCUUGGGCGUCCGCCUGAUAUCUGUGACCAAGGUGUACGAGGGCCACAAGGCGGCUGUGCAAGACCUGACGCUCACCUUCCACGGACACCAGAUCACAGCCCUGCUGGGGACCAACGGUGCCGGGAAGACCACCAUCAUAUCCAUGCUGACAGGACUCUACCCUCCCACUUCUGGGGCCAUCAUCAUCAAUGGCAAGAACAUGCAGACAGACUUGUCCACUAUCAGAAUGGAGCUGGGGGUGUGUCCCCAGCAGGACAUCUUGUUUGACAACCUCACUGUCCUGGAACACCUGCUGCUCUUCGCUUCCAUCAAGGCACCGCAGUGGACCCAGAGCGAGCUCCGCCAGCAUGUCAAUAAAACGCUUCGGGAUGUGGAGUUAACGCAGCACCGGCACAAACAGACCCGUGUCCUAUCCGGAGGCAUGAAGAGGAAGCUGUGCAUUGGCAUCGCGUUUGUGGGCCCGUCGCGGACUGUGGUUCUGGAUGAACCCACCAGCGGGGUGGACCCGUGCUCCCGCCGCGGCAUCUGGGACAUCCUCCUCAAGUACCGGCAAGGUCGUACAGUCAUCUUCACUACCCACCACCUGGAUGAGGCAGAGGCGCUCAGUGACCACGUGGCCGUCCUGCAGCAGGGGCGGCUCCAGUGCUGUGGGCCCCCCUCCUGCCUGGCAGAGGCCCACAGUCAGGGGCUUAGCCUGACGCUCACCAAGCAACCCUCUGUUCUGGAGGCCGAUGACCCGAGGGACACAGCUGCUGCUACGUCUCUGAUCCAGAGCUUCAUCCCACAAGCCUUUCUGAGAGACAGCAGUGGGGGCGAUCUGAGAUACACCAUUCCCCAGGACGCGGACAGAGACGGCUGGAAAGGGCUCUUCCAGGCCCUGGAGGAGAACCUUCAGCAGCUGCACCUGACCGGCUAUGGGAUUUCAGACACCACCUUAGAGGAGGUGUUUCUGAUGCUUUUGCAAGAUUCCAAAAAGCGAUCUGAUGUCAGCCCAGGGAUGGAGCUGGAGCCUCAGUGCCAGAGGCCAUCGGAGCAUGCUCCUGACUGUCGUGGUGCCCGGGCCAGGCCUCCAACCAUGCAGGGUGGCCCACUUCUGGCCAGUCAGAUGGUGGCCCUGCUGAGGAAACGGCUGAGCCACACGUGCCGGGCCUGGAAGGGCGCCCUGUCCGACUUGCUGCUGCCCAUGCUCUUUGUGGCCUUGGCAAUGGGCUUGUUCAUGGUGAGGCCUUUGGCCAUUGACUACCCACCCCUCAAACUAAUGCCCGGCCAUUAUGACAGCGCUGAAACUUACUUUUUCAGCAGUGAGAGUGAAGACUUCAAACUUGCCCAUGUGCUUCUGCGAAAGUUUGGCGAUCAGGAUCUGCUCUGCCCCGAAUUAAACCGAGACCUGAAGAAUUCUUCAUGCUGGCACACAGAUCCCUUUUCUCACCAAGAAGUCCGGGACUCAUGCAGCUGCCUGGCGUGUCCCAAUGGCAGUACCCCGGCUCCCUACCUGACCAACCGCCUGGGCGACACUCUGCUGAACCUCUCAGCCUUCCACCUGGAGGAGUAUUUGCUGCUGCCCUUUGCAAAACCAAGGCACGGAGGCUGGUCUUUUGGAGUCCGAAUUCCUGGUCAAGAUGCGAAUUUGAAUACAUCAGAACCAAAAACUGUGGCAAAGGUGUGGUAUAAUCAGAAGAGUUUCCAUUCCCUACCUUCCUACUUAAAUCAUCUGAACAACCUUAUUUUGUGGGCAUCCUUACCCCCUGGCAUGGACUGGAGACGAUACGGAAUAACGCUCUACAGCCACCCCUAUGGAGGUGCCCUGCUCAAUGAGGACAAGAUCCUGGAGAGUAUCCGUCAGUGUGGUGUUGCCCUCUGCAUCGUGCUGGGCUUCUCCAUCCUGUCUGCGUCCAUCGGCGGCUCUGUGGUGAAGGACAGGGUGACCGGAGCCAAGAGGUUGCAGCAUAUGAGUGGCCUCGGCUACAGAACGUACUGGCUCACUAACUUCCUGUAUGACAUGCUGUUCUACCUGGUCGCCGUUGGCCUGUGUGUUGCCGUCAUCGUUGCCUUCCAGCUAACAGCUUUUACUUUCCGCAAGAACUUGGCAGCCGUGGCCCUCCUGCUGGCACUUUUUGGUUAUGCAACUCUUCCGUGGAUGUACCUGCUAUCCAGAAUCUUUUCCAGUUCGGAUGUAGCUUUCAUCUCCUACAUCUCCUUGAAUUUCAUCUUUGGCCUCUGCACCAUGCUGAUGACCAUCAUGCCCCGGCUGCUGGCCAUCAUCUCCAAAGCUCAGAAUUUACAGCACAUCUAUGAUGUCCUCAAGUGGGUCUUUACUAUUUUUCCUCAAUUCUGCCUGGGUCAAGGACUGAUAGAACUCUGCUAUAAUCAGAUCAAAUAUGACCUGACCCACAACUUCGGCAUUGAUUCUUACGUGAGUCCCUUUGAGAUGAACUUCCUGGGCUGGAUCUUCACGCAGCUGGCUUUGCAAGGCACGGUUCUGCUCCUCCUGCGGGUCCUGCUGCACUGGGACCUUCUGCGGGGGUCACGGGGUCACUCUGCCAUCCACGGCACAGUCACAUCUUCUAAGGACACAGAUGUUGAAAAAGAGCAGAUACGGGUAUUGAAAGGAAGAACUGCUGGAGACAUCCUUGUGCUGUACAACCUCAGCAGAACUUACUGUGGCUUUUUCAAGAGGACCCCCGCCGUGCAAGAUAUCACUUUGGGCAUACGAAGAGGAGAGUGCUUUGGGCUGCUAGGGGUGAACGGAGCUGGGAAGAGCACCACCUUCCAGAUGCUGGCUGGGGACAUCCCUCCCACCUCUGGACACGCCAUCCUCAGGACUCCCACAGGAGAGGAUGUGGAUCUGUCAUUUGCUGGCGCGGCAGGCAUUUGCAUCGGCUACUGUCCACAGCAGGAUGCCCUGGACGAGCUCCUGACCGGCUGGGAGCACCUCCAGUAUUAUUGCAGCCUCCGCGGGAUUCCUAGGGUGCUCAUCCCCGAGGUUGCAGGAGACCUCGUAAGGCGCUUACACCUGGAAGCCCACGUGGACAAACCAGUGGCUACCUACAGUGGGGGAACCAAAAGGAAGCUCUCCACAGCCCUGGCCCUACUGGGGAAACCGGACCUUCUCCUCCUGGAUGAGCCCAGCUCUGGGAUGGAUCCCUGCUCUAAGCGGUACCUGUGGAAAGCAAUAAUGAAGGAGGUUUGGGAAGGCUGUGCCGUGGUGCUGACCUCCCACAGCAUGGGAGAGUGCGAAGCACUCUGCACCCGGCUUGCCAUCAUGGUCAACGGCAGCUUCCGGUGCCUUGGCUCUCCUCAGCACAUUAAAAACAGGUUUGGUGAUGGUUAUACUGUCAAGGUUUGGCUUCAUAAGGAAGCAAAUCGACACAACACUGUUUCUGACUGCUUGAAGCUCUAUUUUCCAGGAAUCCAGUUUAAGGGGCAGCGCCUUAAUUUAUUGGAAUAUCAUGUGCCAAAAAGAUGGGAAUGCUUAGCUGACCUGUUCAAAGUUCUAGAGAAUAAUAAGGCUUCCUUGAAUAUCAAGCAUUACUCCAUUAACCAGGCCACUUUGGAGCAGGUGUUUAUUAAUUUUGCGACUGAGCAGCAGCAGCCUAAACAGUCUACUCCCGACCCAUCCACGGACUCUUACCGGCCAUCUCACCUGCCUAUCUAAGCACUAAAGAAGAUGUUUUUAAGAGGACCUAACCCUUCUCUUUCAUUACCAUUCAUACUUGAAGAUCAGAGGAGCCAGUGCACAGAGAAGGAGCUGAAAGAUGUGUCCAGGAGUCACACUUCAUUCUCUCCUCAUUUUCUAUUUUGAAACUCUUUGUUAAUCAGGAAUCAGCAAACUGAGAGGUCCUUCUUUCCUGUGGAUAUUUUGGGAGUUCCUGCAGCAAGGGUCCUCUCUCUGCAGAGCCACGGCGGGGUAGCUUCUUUGUGACACAGGCAGCAAUGAGUCAGCAGUCCCAGUGGAGACCUUCUGCAGCUGCCAGGGCUGUCAGACGUUGUUCCAAACAUGUCAUGUCACUUUAAAGGACACUGAGGCUGCUGAGGUUAAAAACUCCUCAUUUGUUUGUUUAGGAAGUAGUACCUAGGACUCUUCUAUUUUUGUCAUCUUUUCACUAGAGAUGCUUAUGCGUGUCUAAAUAAAAACUCAGUGAUCGAAAUGCAAACUUUUCCUGAUAUUGGAUGUCAUUAUAUGGUCUGACAUGAAAAAAUUGCCAGCUUUUUCCACAGAAAAUGCUUUUAAAGAAAAAUAAGUAUUAAAAAGCUUUAUAGUCAACCCUUUAGCAAAAUUAAUUAAAUGGAACUGAACACUCUGUAUCAUUUAUAAAAGUUUUACCAGAAUUUCACAAAUUAUAAAUUUAGGGGGAAAUAUAAUGUGGAUGUAUUUCUUUUUCUUAAUUUGGAUUCAUAAUUACUAAUUUAUUUAAGUUACUCUAAGCCAGUGGUUCCCAAAUGCGGUGGUCCCCUUCGUAGCUAUAGCAGCAUCUCCUGGGAGCUGCAGAAUCUUAGGCUCCCCAACCAGACCCAGUGAAUCUAAAAGUGAGAUUCACUAAAACUCACCCUCUGGGGCUGGAGCGCCACACUCCAGGUUUAAACAAGGCCUCCUGGUAUUCUGAUGCACGUCCUGGUUUGAGAACAAAUGACCUAAGGAAAUGUCCAGUUACCUUCUAAUUAUACAAGCAAAGUUAGCACAAUAUGUAGUAAAUAAAUGUUACUUUUCAAAUAUUUAAAGAUUAUCUAAAAAUUAUGCCAUUCUCAGAAUUAUUGUUGUCAAAAUGCUUUUCAUUGUGAAGUACUGUGAUGUGACUCUAAAAGGCUAUAUAAAGCUGACAGUCUGCAUCUUGUACUUAGUAAAGUGCAUUUAAAAUCAUGUGCCUCCUACAUUGUGUCAAAUAGUCUCCGGACAGUCAUCUCGGAGUUAUUUCUCAGCCUUCUUUGAAUAACAUUUUUCUGAAAGCUCAAAGGAAGAGCACAUUAAUUUCAUUUUAAAAUUUAACCUUAUCCAAUUAAGUUUUCGAGUAAUAGUAGCUUGUUAUCAAGGGACAACACUUUCUCACAUUUCUUUACUGCAAGAUUUCAUUAAAAUCUGUCUUUCCUGAAUAUCAUCCUAUAUGCAACCGAUUUUUAAAAGUUAAGGGUUAAGCCAAUCAUGUAUAGUUUUGAUUGAAUAGUUUCAUUUACAUGAAUCACAUGAAUUGUGCUUUUUUAAAGAAUUUACAAUUUAGGGUUUUAUGAUCCCUCCUAAUUCUAACAUUGUCUCAUUGUCAAAAUGGAAGAUGUAAUCUUUUGUUACUGUUGUUGAAUGAAUCAAUAAAAUUUGUAAAACACAAACUGGUUUAUACUGCAGUGAAUAAAUGAAAUGCACUUUAA